AUGAAGUCCACUAUUGAAGUAAAUGUUCAGAGAAUUCCAUUUCCUGAGAGAUUAGAGAAAAGUAAGGAAGACAAGCAAUAUGCAAAGUCUCUUGAGGUGAUGAAAGAUGUGCAAAUAACCAUCCCUAUCCUUGAUGUUGUGACACAUAUUCCAGUUUAUGCCAAGUUCUUGAAAGAAUUAAUAACCAAGAGAAGAAAUUUAGAUGAGCCUGAGGUAAUAUCCCUGACAAAGGAAUGCAGUGCAGUAAUACAAGACAGAUUACCAGCUAAGCUAGAAGACCCAGAGAGUUUCUCUUUGCCUUGUGAUGUGGGUGGAAGAAAAUUUACUGCUCUAUGUGAUUUGGGGUCUUCAGUCAGUGUGUUGCCUUUAUCAGUUAGUAAAGCUCUUGUACUUGGGGAAUUAAAACCAACUCCCAUUACAUUGCAGUUGGCUGACAGAACUUUGAGGAAACCAGCUGGGAUAAUUGAAUAUGUACUAGUGAUUGUUGGGAAAUUCGAAUACCCUGUUGAUUUCGUGAUCCUUGAAAUGGAAGAGAAAUGUGAUGCAUUAAUUCUGGGAAGACCUUUCUUGGCUACUGCUGGAGAAAUUAUUGAUGUGCAAGGAGGGAAACUUAAGCUGAGAUUUGGUCAAGAAGAAGUGGAGUUUAAUAUGCAGCAUGCGAGUAAAUUACCUAAAUGUCAAGAUCAGUGUCAGGCUAUCGAUGUGAUUGAACAUGAAGUCACGGAAUUGCUUGGAGAAAAACAGAAUAUAGACAACCCUGAAUUAGGAGUGUUCAUAACACCUGGACAAAUGAUAGUUUGUGAAUCAUGCAGCAUAAGUGAGACUGGGGAGCUAGUAUUAGAGGAAAAAGAAUCAUGGGAUGCUAGGUGUAUUGUGGAAUUAAAGGCAUUGCCACCUCACCUGAAAUAUGCUUUCCUUGAAAAGGCAAGGAUUCAUCCAGUUAUCAUCAGUGCCACUCUUACUACCCCUCAAGAAGAAGCUUUACUAUCAACACUAAAGAUGUACAAAAAUGUGAUUGGAUACUCCAUAGAUGAUAUAAAAGGGAUUGAUGCUUCUAUAUGUUCUCAUAGAAUCCACCUAGAAGAAAAUGCCAAGCCAUCCAGAGAGGGCCAGAGGAGAUUGAAUCCACAAUUACAAGAAGUGGUGAAGAAAGAAAUACUAAAGUUACUGUCAGCUGGAAUGAUUUAUCCAAUUUCAGACAGUGAGUGGGUCAGUCCAAUUCACAUUGUUCCUAAGAAAGGUGGCUUUACAGUGGUUGAAAAUGCUUUUAAGCAACUCAUCACCAUGAGACCAGUGACAGUCAAAGAUGGGAUUGUCUUGGGCCACCUUGUGUCUGCCAGGGGUAUAGAAGUCGACAAGGCAAAAGUCGAAGACAUUGCAAGAAUGCCACCUCCCAUUAAUGUCAAGGGCAUCAGAAGUUUUCUUGGACAUGCAGGAUUCUAUAGGAGAUUUAUUCAGAAUUUUUCCAAGAUAGCAAAGCCUCUUACUAAUCUUCUGAAUAAUGAUGUGAAGUUUGAAUUUGGGGAGGAAUGUGUGCAAACAUUUGAUGCUUUGAAGCAGGCACUUAUUACUGCCCCCAUUGUCCAACCUCCAGAAUGGGGGCUUCCAUUCGAAGUGAUGUGUGAUGCUAGUGAUUUUGCUGUUGGGGCUGUGUUGGGGCAGAGAAAAGGAAGAGAAUUGCAUGUAAUUCAAUAUGCCAGCAAGACAUUGGAUGAAGCUCAGGUUAAUUACACAACUACAGAAAAGGAGCUCCUUGCAGUGGUGUAUGCCUAUGACAAAUUCAGAGUGUACCUGGUUGGUAAUAAGAGCAUAAUCUUCACAGAUCAUGCUGCUAUCAGAUAUUUGCUCAGCAAAAAGGAUGCCAAACCAAGAUUGAUCAGAUGGGUGCUUCUGUUACAGGAAUUUGAUAUGGAGAUAAGAGAUAAAAAGGGAGUUUAA